UCUGUUUGGAAUAUAGCAUUGUUUUCUUUCAUAUUCAAAUAUUUUUUCCUACAUCGGCAAUAUCAAAAUUUCUGGCGGAUUUAAUAUCAGAUGUGGAAAACAAUGAAAAGUCGACGGACAUCGUACAUAUUUUCGAAAGAAGUGAAAAGAAGAAAAUCAAGGCACUCUCAUGGUCUGUUUUAGAAAAGAGUGGAAAUUCUGAUGUUUGGAAAUCGUUAAACAGUAGAUACAUAAAAAUAGAAAAUAUUGUGGCAAAAUUUGAAACUUUUGUGGGAGAGUAUUUAAUAUUUUCGUUAGGGUUUUCCAUCGUUGCCUCAGUUUGUAUGGUUUACGUGGCCACGUUGAGCCUUCCCUGGCCGAAUUCGUACCUGAGAACGUGCCUGGUUCAGGGGACCUUUGCAACGGCGGCGUUUCGAAUCAAUGCGGUCACAGGCGUGGGGGAAAUGUUGAAGGUGAAAAAUGCAAAGCUGCUGAAGGCCGUAGCUAUUGCGGGUCAGAGAGAUAAUUAUGGGACUGGGUGGAUCGGAGGGGGUGACAAAGAAGAGAUGGCCAAUUUUGUCCGCUUGAUUAAAGCAUUACCUCUUAAAAUGAGUGCAGGGGGAUAUUUUACAGUGGGAAGGAAAAAUGUGACAUCGAUCAUAAGCGUUAUUAUCACAUACUUCAUUGUGCUGCAACAAUUUAAAAUGUCGGAAAAAUAACUUGUGAUAGACUUUCAGUUUAUCAAGAUAAAAAUGAAGGCGAAGACUUCUCAAUUUUGUGAAGACAAAGUUAGAGAUUGUACAUAUUUAUAGAUUCAUGUAAAGUUAAUUUAUUCAAUAAAAAGUAAAAUAAAGAACAUACAAUAACAGUAUAAUAAAAUCACUUUAAAAUCGAGGAUAGUGUAAAUAUACAUGACAAGGAAAAUGUAUUAGUACUAAAGUCUAACUUUUAAAAUAAAAACAAAAUAUUGUUGAAGUAAAUAUAUGUAUGAAAUAUAUGUAUGUAAAUACGUUAGACAUAAAAUAUUG